CCGAGGCAUUCUUGGGGGCCCUGCGACCAUCUCGGAGUCUUCUCUUUAAAAGCUGGAAGAGAUUCCGAGGUUUGGUUCUUUAUUUGUUCUCCUCGUGUUCCUAUCUCCCAUUUUUUCACACAGGCAUUUGAGAUUGGGAUUUUGGAAAUUGGAAAGAAUGUCUGCAGCACAGAAAAGACUCACGCAGGUCUCUGGCCAUCUGGCUGGUUCGGGAAGUAAGAUUGCUCCUACAGAGGGAGAUGGUUCUUCUGGGCGCGCAAAGCUUCUGCAGAAGAAUCCUGAUGAUAUUGUCGUAACAGCAUGUCUGCGAACUGCAUUCACAAAAGGAGGGAAGGGCGGUUUCAAGGAUACACAUGCGGCAGAUAUGCUAGUCGGAGCCUUCAAGGCUCUGAUUGAGCGCUCGAACAUCGAUCCUGGUCUGGUGGAGGAUAUUGCUGUCGGUUCCGUGCUUCCUCCUGGUGGUGGAGCGACGGAAUUCAGGGCCGCGGCUCUAGCAGCAGGAUUCCCAGUCUCGGCAGCGGUCAAGAGUCUGAAUAGACAGUGUUCAUCGGGUCUGCAGGCUUGUGUGGAUAUUGCGAAUGCCAUCAGUGCGGGCAUGAUUGAGGUUGGUGUUGGUGCUGGUGUUGAGAGCAUGAGUUUGCAGUAUGGACCUGAUGCUGUUACAGAGUUUUCUGAACUCCUAGAAUCACAUCCCGAAUCUAAGAACUGCAAAGUACCUAUGGGCGUCUUAUCCGAGAAGAUGGCAAAAGACAAGGGAAUUCCCCGCACAGUCCAAGAUGCAUUCGCGGCUUCUUCAUACCAAAAGGCACUCAAGGCACAAGAAGCCGGUCUCUUCGACGAAGAGAUCGCCCCUCUCAAAGUCAAAUGGGAGAAUCCCAAGACUGGAGAGACAGAAGAAAUCACUGUUUCGAAAGACGAUGGUGUUCGACCUGGCAUCACUGCUGAGAGCUUAAGCAAGAUCAAGCCUGCUUUUGCGAAAGACGGUUCUAUCCAUGCUGGAAACGCAUCUCAGAUCUCUGAUGGCGCUGCCGCUGUUCUGCUCAUGAAACGUUCAACUGCUGAGCGUCUCGGCCAAACUAUUCUUGGCAAGUACGUCGCUGCUUCAGUUGCAGGUGUUGCACCUCUGCUCAUGGGUAUCGGUCCUUGGGCCGCUAUUCCCAAAGUCUUCGAGAAGACUGGCAUCAACAAGGAUGAUGUUGAUAUCUUCGAGAUCAACGAGGCAUUUGCCAGUCAGUGUGUUUGGUGCUCGAAUGAGUUGGGACUGGAUAUGAAUAAGAUCAAUCCUAAGGGAGGAGCGAUUGCGUUUGGACAUCCACUUGGAUGCACAGGUGCCAGACAAGUUAGUACCUUGCUUUAUGAAUUGAGAAGGAGAGGAGAGAAGGUUGGUGUUACCAGUAUGUGUGUUGGGACAGGAAUGGGUAUGGCUGCUGUUUGGGUUGCUGAGUAGUGGGGCUUUUGGGUCAAAAUGGGUUGUAUGAGUAUGAGCAUGCAUGAUAGAACAUAGAACACAUUCAAUGAGAAUUCAAGUGAUCGAUAAAGUCUGGUGGUGUCCAUGUGGAGGAGAGUAAUUGUAG